AUCUCGCGCCGGCGGCCAUGGAGAACCUGAUCUCGCUCGUGAAGAACCUGCAGCGGGCCUGCACCGCCCUCGCCGACCACGGCGAGGAGAGCACGCUCCCCACCGACUGGGACGUGCUGCCGUCCGUCGCCGUCGUCGGAAGCCAAAGCUCGGGUAAAUCUUCAGUGCUGGAAAGUCUAGUUGGAAAGGAUUUCCUACCCAAGGGUCCAGGCAUUGUCACACGCCGCCCCCUGGUUCUGCAGCUACAUAGAAUUGAUGAUACCGAAGAGUAUACUGUGUUUUUGCAUCAACCUGCGAAAAGAUACACAAAUUUUUCCGAAGUGAGGAAGAAGAUAGCUGAUGAAACUGACAGAAUAACCGGUCGUUCAAAGGGAAUAUCAUCUGUCCCCAUUCAUUUGAGCAUAUUUUCUCCAAAUGUUAUGAAUUUGACUCUUAUUGAUCUUCCUGGUCUUACUAAAAUUGCUGUUGAUGGUCAGUCGGACAAUAUUGUUCAGGAAAUUGAAAACAUGGUUCGAGCAUUCAUCGAAAAGCCCGACUGUAUCAUUCUUGCUGUUUCUCCAGCCAAUCAGGAUCUUGCAACUUCUGAUGCAAUAAAGAUUUCACGAGAAGUUGAUCCUAAAGGUGAAAGAACCUUCGGUGUGCUCACAAAAAUAUAUCUAAUGGACAAGGGUACUAACGCUGUUGAUAUACUGGAAGGAAGAUCUUACCGGCUCCAAUUUCCAUGGAUUGGUGUUGUCAAUCGAUCCCAGCAAGAUAUCAACAAUAGUGUGGACAUGACUGCUGCUAGGCGUAGAGAGUGUGACUAUUUUGCUAACACACCAGAGUACAAGCAUCUUGCUCAUAGGAUGGGAUCAGAACAUUUGGUGAGGAGUCUGUUAAAGUAUUUAGAAUCUUUCAUCAGGUCAAAAAUCCCUUACAGCUAUCUGUGCAAUGAUAGUCUCCUCAAAUCUCCAGUUACAAAGAAAAACAGGUUGCAAGGGUAUACGCUUCGGGCAUAUGGGACUUUUCCCGCAUACAUGCUCUGCACCCAAGGGGAACAACACAAUAUGACAUUUGAGUGUACUGUCCAAGUUAUGGGUAAGAAGUUCGUGUCAGCGAAGCGUCACGUCCACCGCAAAGACGCGGAAGAGGACGCCGCUACUGUUGCCUACAAGGCAUUGGUUGGCGACGAGACACCAUUGAUACUUUGA